AUGACUGUUGCCGUUGGCAUCGAAACACCCGCCAAACCCUCUCCUCGACCAUCUCUUCCAAAUUUUCCAAAAUAUACCAAAAAACGCUGGCCCCCAAUGGCAAACCGCAACGCUCUUCCAUACAAGCUCACAGUUAUCUCCAAGGAGAAACUGGCCCGUGAAGCUACUGCACCAGACCCAGAUCUUCGCCGCUGCGUGGCUCACUUUCGCCUCCACUGCGGCUCUGUCCUCUGGACUGAAAAUGAUAUGAAGUCUCAAAUGAGCUCCUUUGAAUUCGAGGAGUCAGAAUCCGAAUCCGAAGAUGACUACGACCACAAGAAGAUGAUCGAGUCAAAGAUCCAGCAAAAGACACGCAAUACCAUCGUCACUGUGCAAAUCACACCCGACGACAAAGAGCCUCUGGUCACAUCAUCUGAGAUCCUCCAUGAUGACACCAUCAAGAACAAGGACCUGUGUGCUAUCCCUGUUCAACCGAUUGCCGCUUAA